CUGAGCGGGACAGCGGGACUCCCCGGGUGCUGCGAGGGGCGCCGGGGCUCGCAGCCCUAGCCGCGCUCCUGGCGGUGAAGGCAUGGCUCCGCCCCUGGUUCCCGCCAGGGACUGUGCGGGCCGCGAGGACGAGGACUGCUGGGAGGCCCGCGGGGACCGCAAGGCCCGGAAGCCUCUGGUGGAGAAGAAGCGGCGUGCGCGGAUCAACGAGAGCCUGCAGGAGUUGCGGCUGUUGCUGGCUGGCGCCGAGGUGCAAGCUAAGCUGGAGAACGCCGAGGUGCUGGAGCUGACAGUGCGGCGCGUGCAGGGCGCGCUACGGGGCCGAGCGCGUGAGCGUGAACAGCUGCAAGUGGAAGCGAGUGAGCGUUUUGCUGCUGGCUACAUCCAGUGCAUGCACGAGGUGCACACAUUCGUGUCCACAUGCCAGGCCAUCGACACCACGGUAGCAGCGGAGCUCCUGAACCACCUGCUUGAGUCCAUGCCGCUGCGCGAGGGGAGCAGCUUCCGGGAUCUGCUGGGGGACACCUUGCCAGGGCCACCUGGAGCCCCUUGGGGAAGUGGCUGGCCCCCCGGAGGGGUCCCUGGGUCCCCACUGCCCAGCCCUCCAGGCCCAGGGGACGACCUGUGCUCUGACCUAGARGAGGUUCCAGAGGCUGAACUGAGUCGGGUGCCUGCUGAGGGAAGGGACUUCAUGCCUCCAGCCCUAGGUAGCCUGACUGUGGCCCGAUUACCCCAGAGCGUCUGGAGGCCUUGGUGACAAAUGCCAGCCAGGGACCUGCAGGCACUGGCUAGGCCUGCCUGAACUCUACUCCCUCAUCCUUGGGGUUCAGAUGUGGAAUAAGUUUGCGAGACAUCUCCUAGGUCUGCCCUUCCCCUUCCUCCAGUGGAUGGCUUGCAAGGCAGCCCCUGAUGACCAGCCCAGUCAGGCCCUAGUCCUGUUUCUUGAGGGAGUUACUUUCCCGGAACCUACAGCUCUGGGAUGGSUAGAGGGAGGGAGCUACAGGCAGGAGGAAGAAUUUGGUAGGCUACCAGGGCUCUCACACAUUCACCUGCGCUAGCCCUUUCUGGCAGUCUAGUGACGGGGGUAGAAGUGACAGAGUGAUGCUGAGCCUCCCCAGGGCUGGACACUCUGGCCACAGCCCUGAACAGAAGCUUGAAUUUGCCACUUCUGCCAAGAGCCUAGGGAGAGGCUACAAAUUCUGCAGUGUUGCUCUGAGCUACUCUCUGUACAACUUGCUGGUAGCACACCUGAGUUUGUGUAUGUGGUUGCCAUCAAGGGUUCCAGUUGAAUUAAUAAAGA